AGACGAACAAAGCUUUUAUGGGUUUGGAACGGCAUAGGGGUAAGUGAUUAAUGACAACAUUUUCAUUUUGGGGUGGAGUAUCCCUUUAAGGUGCAGUCAAAUUAGCAAAUUUUCGCAAAAAAAGUCCACUGUCUGUUGUCAACAGUAUAAUAAUGUACAAAGCACAGCUCACGAAGAAGUCAUUUUCAAACCAAGCAGAUCUGCGUGACCAACUUGAAGUGAUUGGAUUUAGUCUUUGAAAAUUCGCAGAUAUACGGUAAAUUUACACAACUUUACACUGUGUCCAAAAUUGCAUACUUUUUGGUCCUUCUUCUGAAUAAGUAAUUACUUUACGACAUUCUAUAUAGUAUGAAUGUGCGUAGUGCGAAUGAAAUCUGGACGUACUACAUGGUCAUGUGACCAACCAGUGUCUUGUUGUGUCACUUCACAGCUGUUCACAAGCCCUGUCCCUUGGCCUCAUGGGAUAGUAAAGCAUCCUUUGGAUGCACAUUUCAGAAGUAGUAAGUCAUCCGGUUACUUUUUGCCUAUUUUAUAAGAAUACUAUGCAUACUACUCUUGUCACAUACUAGGAAGUAGGCAUAUUUAGAUGCCGGGUUAGCAAAUUCUCCAAAAAUAUUAAGUCACAACUAAAAAUAAAAAGUCUUGGCAUUGUAAUAACAACAUAGUAUUGUGAGGUAAAAUAUCAUAAUACUUUAUGCUGUUUUGUUUAGCAUAAAGAACAGCAUAAUUAAAUAGGUUUUCCCAAGUGAUAUACUUGCUGAAUUCAGCAUUUUUCAGUAUUUUUACUGCAUGGAUCUGUAAGUGCCUGUGUCCGCUGAAUAUAUCUUAUCCGUGCAAUGUUGGACUCUAGGGAAGCAUUCGCCCCCCGUUUCCCUCUGGGGAGCCCCUUCAUUUACCCAGCAGUGCUGUGGGCUAAAUGAGAGCCACAUGUACCCUGCUACCGUGGAUCACAAAUGAAGUGUUCUUCCGGUGGGUGACCUCUGACCUCGCCAGAUGCUCCUUUGGGCCGGCCUGAGCAGUGCCCAGCAGGCCUCACUGGCCUGUUCCCACUCAGCACCUGGGCCUGCACCUUAGACCUGCUUCACAUACUUCAACAUGUUCAUAUACACACGGCACAUGUAAACCAGCUUACUCAUACACACGCAGACCACUACACACACUCCUGAUCUCAGCAACAUCCAGCAGAGCUCUGUUCCUCUCUCUACACACCACCGCUUAUAAACACCCGGUCCAGCUGGGUCCAGCUCUCAUAUAUGUUACACCACUGCUCUGCCACAUGUGUGCCUUCUGAACCUAAAGAUCCUAUUAAUGGUCUUUCAUUGUUUCUCACACACUUCAACAGUCUGCAUUCAGUGACACACACAAUUAGAUAAAGGGUAAAAGGGAGCAGGCAUUUUGUGAUUGCCCAGAAAUGCAAAAUCUUGUUUUUUUUUUGGACUCUUGCAGUAAAGAUUGCAAUAAAUUAUGAAUGCAUUAAAUUGUUUACUGGUUAUUUACUUUUAACUAUAAUGCUGUUUUAUGUUUUACACUACUGUUCAAAAGUUGGGAGUGAGUAUGAUUUUUAAAUGUUUUUGAAAAAAAAGUAUCUUCUGCUCUCCAAGGCUGCAUUUAUUUGAUCAAAAAUGUGUUAAAACAUAGUGAAAUAUUAUUGCAAUUUAAAAUAACUCCUGUGACAAUUCUUGUGAUGCAUAGUUGAAUUUUCAGCAUCGUUACUCCAGUCUUCAGUGUCACAUGAUCCUUCAGAAAUCAGCUUAAUAUGCAACAGUUGUGCUGCUUAAUAAGUAGCAUUUAUUUAAAAUACAAAUCUGUCAUAACAUUAUAAAUAUCUGUAAUGUCACUUUUGAUCAGUUUAAUGCAUCCUUGCUGAAUAAAAGUAUUAAUUUCUUAAAAAAAAAAAAACAUGCUCCAAAUAACUCAGGGUAAUGAUAUUAUAGCCCAGGGUUCCUCAAAUCUUUCCCUGGAGGGACAAUCUGCUGCAGAGUUUAGCUCCAACCCUGAUCAAACUCACCUACCUGUGAUUUUCUAAUGAUCUUGAAGACACUGAUUAGCAUGCUCAGGUGUGUUUGAUUAGGGUUAGAGCUGAACUCUACAGGAAAGUGGAACUCGUGGGCCAGAUUUGAGGAUCCCUGUUAUAGCCCAACGAUAUUAUCUACACCUAAACAUAAACCUUAAGCAAAUCUGUGUAAAAAUCAGUGUUCAACAGGUUUCACUAUAUUAAUGACAUUUUGGACCUCACAAGUACAGUUCAAACUUUACACAGCACACACAUGUUGGGAAGUAUUUAAUAUACGUAAUAAUUAAAUAAAAUAAAUAUAUAUAUAUAUACAUUUGAUUGAUUGAUUUCUUUUUAAAAUUCUUCCUGCUUUGAUGAAAAAAAACAUUGUUUCAUGGGAUUGAUUUAGAUUUUUUUUUUUGGAUUUUUUGGUCUGAAUGAUGUAUGGUUAUAUCAAAGCGUACAGACAGAAGAUAGUGCCAUGGAUGUUUUUGUCCGUCUGCAAUAGUUUCCUUCCCUGGUCUAAGGCUUGAUAGAUUGCUUCCCUCUCCGCACUGUAGUCCAAGAGGAAAGCCAACACACACAAACACUAGUAUGCACUUCCACAGGCUCAUGAAAUGAACUAUAAAUGCAUCAUCAGAUAAUGAAGAGUGUCACGGCGGCCUUAACAGAAAGACAUUUCUUUGAAUGAUCAAGCAGCUGUCAGGUUUUUACCACUAAUCCUCUGCAAUGAAAAAUGUACACAGUUUUUUUUUUUUUCACAGCGGAAUGGUGCUCUGUGAAGGAAGUGAACUUGUUAUUUGAUUUGAUUUAAACCAGAGCGAUCUCCACAAUCGACUCUGAAGUCAAGCAUGAGAUAAGGAUUUUCAGCCAGCACCUUCAUCUGUGAAACCAUAUGUUUCAUGCAUGCGUGGGCCUCUUAAUGAACAUCUUUUUUAAUCAGACAUGUGGUACUAUUUAGUGUUUGUGCUGGCACUAAACGCUUAGUAUUAAAUGCACUGAAAUGAUCUUACUGAAAUAUAAGUCAUGAUUAGUAAAGACUUAAACUGAAUUGAAAAAAAAAACAAAAAAAAACUUGUAUAUAAACACCCUUAAUAAAGAUAGUUUUUAUUGAGAAAAAAUGUGUAAGGUGAUCAGACUAUUGUAAAAUAUUCAUAUAAUUAAGUUUUUUGUUAUUCUUUUAAGCAUAAACCACACUAAAUUUAUACUUAAAACAAGAAAAAAUUAGGGUUAUAAAGUUAACUUAAUUUGAGACUUUCUGAAAAAACUGUUUUAUUACCUAUAUUUCUUCUGGAGUAAAUGUGUCUUGUUUUCAGGGUGUUUAUAUUUUAUUUUUACUUGGAAAAUAUACAUUAAAAUGAAAAAUUUAAAGCCAUAAAAAAAAAAAAAAAAAGUCAUUAUAUUAAAAAAGAUUUUCUGGGGUCCAAAGAAAAUUCUGUUGUGAACGCAUUUGAUGGUGUUUGCGUUUAUGGAAUGCAUCUUUGGAGUGUUUUCCUGCUGCUACCUUUGAGCCUUGCCACAAUGAAAUUUAAUGCUGGAUCUCAAAGUUCCUCAGUAAAAUUGUUUGCACUAUUCAAUAUUGAAAUUGUAAAAGCAGACUGAAUUUCAUUAUGGCUUGGCAGGGUGUUGUGUUCUUCUUAAUCAGUAUUGUUGACUGGUCCUUUCUUUAUUCUGUACCCACAUUUCUCUCACCCCUUUUUCAGGGUUCACCUGGACGAGCAGGCUUUCCGGGAGACAAAGGAUCAAUGGGCAUUCCUGGAAGAAUGGGCUUAAAGGGAAACCUGGGGGAGAAGGGAGCACCAGGAGAGCCAGGUCUGUCUAUCAUUGGCCCACGAGGACCUCCUGGACAACCCGGUACUAGAGGAUUUCCAGGUUUUCCGGGCCCCAUUGGCUUGGACGGGAAACCUGGACAGAAUGGUCCAAAGGGUGAUAUGGGUCCUCGUGGUCCUAAAGGAGUACCAGGUGAACCUGGUCCAAAAGGAGAGAAGGGUGUAUGUGGCGACUACACUCACAGGCAGAUGUUGCCCAUCACCGUCCGCAACAUGCCCUCAAUAAGCCCUCUAAUCCUAAAGCGCCUCAAGCAGGGCGAGCCCGGAGCGCAAGGACCACCGGGACCUCCUGGCCCCCCAGGGUCUCCAGGGACUCCUGGCCUAACUGGUGCUAGUGGGCCCCCGGGUAAACCCGGAGAACCCGGAAAACCUGGGAAAGACCCAAGAAUGCUACCGGGGCUGAAGGGUGAACCCGGUGUACCUGGACAAAAGGGUGAUCAUGGUGAAGCUGGUCCAAGUGGACCUGAAGGCCCCAAGGGAAUUAAAGGAGAUGAAGGAAUGAAGGGUGAACCUGGGAUGGAUGGGCAAAGAGGAGAGAAGGGGGAGAAGGGUGAGCUAGGGAUGCCUGGAAUGCCUGGGAAACAAGGAGUGAAGGGAGAGCCUGGUUUCCCAGGUGUCCCUGGACGAAAGGGUCAGGCAGGUGUUUCUGGUAUCCCUGGAAAACGGGGCUACAAGGGAGAGAAAGGCGAGCUUAGUGCUGCAGGAGCUGGAAUCAAAGGAGAACCAGGACAUCCCGGACAAGCUGGACCCAAGGGUGAGAAAGGUGAUCAAGGCAUAAAGGGUGACCUUGGCCAGGAAGGCCCAUCUGGACCAAGGGGUCCACCAGGUCCAACCGGGGAGCCAGGAAAAUCUUUAAUCAACAACAAUGAAAAUGAUAUACGCAAUGUGCAUUUAAUGGGCCCUCCUGGACUGCCUGGACCUCCAGGGCUUCCUGGGACCCCUGGUUUGAAGGGUGAUGUUGGACUUCCAGGUCCCCCUGGUCUUGAUGGGGAAAAGGGUCCAAGAGGAAAGCCAGGAGAACAGGGACCCAUCGGCCCUCCUGGACCUGAGGGACUACGGGGAGAAGGAGGAGUCAUAGGCUUGCCUGGGCCAAAAGGAGACAAGGGAGACAUGGGCCCCUCAGGAUCACCUGGUUUAGAUGGCCCUACUGGAGAAAAAGGGGUUUCAGGGCCCCCUGGCCAUAUUGGAUUGCCAGGCCUAAUGGGUCAGAAAGGCGAACCUGGGGAAAAAGGAGAUAAAGCAGAGCUGGUCUAUGGGCCUGCUGGACCUCCAGGACCUGCAGGGCCAGUUGGGCCAUUGGGACCUCCAGGUUUGUCAGGACCAAAGGGAGAACCAGGAAUAGGUCUGAGAGGAGAGAAGGGAUCACCUGGACAGAAAGGAGAUAAAGGAGACAGGGGCCAUCUUGGACUCCCUGGGGCUCAUGGUUUAGACGGCAGGCCUGGUCCAGUGGGUCUGAUAGGACCAGCUGGAGUGUCUGGGCCUGCAGGACCAAAAGGAGAAAUGGGGGAAAAGGGUGAUAUGGGAGUAGCUGGACCAAUUGGGCCUCAAGGCAUCCCUGGUUUAGUAGGACCACCGGGAUUAAAAGGAAACCGGGGGGAGAGGGGCAAGAAAGGCAACAGGGGGGCCAAAGGGGAUAAGGGAGACCAAGGAGCCCCGGGAUUAGAUGCCCCGUGUCCGUUGGGCGAUGAUGGUUUGCCAGUACCAGGGUGUUGGAAUAAAGGCCAGAAUCCGUUCCAGCUUGCCAAGAAGUAAUCCUGCAGUGAGAUCCACUAGGUUCUGGUUCGAUUUCCUUCAUAAGCAACACAAAAACUUGAAGAGAUUUUGGGAGAUCUUUGAGUUUGGCCUGCUCUUUGGUGGCUGUUUGAAUGGUUUUGUUUCCUGUAUAACCAUCCUGUAGUACUGAAAGGCUCCAGAGGGCGACAGAUGUGAACAGACAGACACUGACUGGACUACAGAAAAGACUAUAAUGCAAGAAGUAGCUUCCAAGUUUUACACCUUUUUCUUUCUCUUUUAUAUUGUUCACUAUGUGAAAGAAACAUUUUAGCACAUUUCGUUCCUUGUUGAUGACUAUGUUAAAUAACGUUUGUGAUCAGAGGAUCCAGCGCAGCUCGUUGAACAUGCAGAUGUGGUCUGAGUGUUCUUGUGUUUCCAGACAAACCAAAGAAAGACAAAAUCUUUGAUGAUUCCUGAUUCAAACUAUCACUGCCUUCUGUCGAGAGUUGCAGGUAGAAUGUAACCUCACACUCAUACUCGCAUUUAAUAUUAGUAUUUAACAUGGAUGUGCAUAACCGUCCUGCUUUGCAUUUUGCAUACAUGUAUUACAGUACAUUCAUACAACAUAAUGUUGUGCUUGUACAUAGCAUAAUGCUACAGCCUAACUUUAAGAAGUGAAAAUAGAAUAAUUGUUCAGCUAAAAACAAAGACUAUCUCUGUAACUAAUUUGAAACGCUCAAUGUACCAACUAAAUGUUACUUCACAAAAACAGUUUUCUAAAGUUGGGCAUUUUACGGUGUUGCAUCAUGCAUGCAACAUUUCACUGCUGUAAACAUAGAUGCCAGUGCUGACUCCAUCUGUAUAUUUUGCCAACUCUUUGAAAUGCAAAUAACUGCAGUUUGUUUGAGAAAAUGUACUUGUGCAGAACGGAUGUACUUUUCAGAUUGUAUUGGGGCAGCUAAAGCAACAAAUUUAAACCAGCAGUGACAAUUUAUCAUUGGUUCAGCACAUGUUUGAACUUCAGAUAAACUAUUUGUUCAUAUGAAGUUUUUAUGCCUACAACUGAGUAGAGUAAACCUCUUUUUUGACAUGAAAGCUAAUUUUGGUUAUUAUUACCAGAAUCACAGAAUAUACAGUACUGCUAUGGGAUGACAACACCACAUCAACCAUAACAGGGUUUGUGAGGGAAAAUAAUCUUUAAUUUCUUUUAAAAUUGCAACCUUGGAUUUAAAAAAAGAAAGAAAGAAAAUUUGAUGUGGUGUUAUAUGUACCAGCAGCUAUGUUUUCUUUUUUUAACCUAAUGCAAGCAUUCCUUAUAUUAUACUUUGACUGUUUCAGACUAAGAUUGGUUGUAUAUAAACCCACUGUAAAUCUAGAGUUUAAUUAAAUCUUCCAUUAUGUCAGUUUUAACAGAUUAAGGUGUUAUCCUGAUAACAUGAUAGUUGUUAUUUAAAUUAAAUGAGUUUGCAUUCAACUCAUUAAAGCCUCCUAUUUUCUCAUCGGUAUAGGUUAUUGUUUUCAUGGUAAUCUGAAUUAAAUACAAAAAAAUGUUAAAAUGUGUUUAUUUGAAACUUUGAUUAUUGGAUUAUACAUUACUGAGAAUCUACUUUUAUUUGUUUUGAAGACAUUAAAUUGAAUGAUAUACAGUAUGUGUAAAAAAUGAGCAUUUCGUAGUGAUACACUUAAAAAUAAAGGUUCUUCAGCGGGUUAUUGGGGCACAAUUUCACUGUUAAAAGGUCUUGACUAUAUGGUGUUCUGGAGAUUUAGAAAGCUCUUGAUUGAUUUCUAGGAUCUUUAAAUCACAAAUCAUCAGUGCAUAAAUAGUUUUUUAAAGAACUGGCAUUAGGCUGUAAAUCAUACUGAUUUAUGGCGUCAAGCUGUAAAGCCCUUCUAACUGUUACCUUUAUUUUUAAGUGUGUUGACAUCUGUACAUUUACAGACAUGUAUUAUUUAAUGCCAGUAGGUACAGAAUAAUUAAUAUUUGCAACAAAUUUCAGAUUAUAAUAACUGCAAAAAGACGAGAAAUACUUUUUUAGUUGUUAUAUUCUCAAAUAUAAUGGUUGCAAGUAUCACUCAUUCUGGACCCACUCACAUAAUGCUAAAUUUACAAUGCUCAAAAAACAGGAUGAAUCUGAUCUUAUGCAUUCUGUAUUAUAUUAACAUUGGGUGAUUUUUUGACUUUAGGGCAUGUUGUAAAGUGUUUUUCGUUUUAUUGUACACAAGGCAUCAUUUCUUUUUUCUCAGUAUAAUUUUGCACAUUGAAGUGUGUGUGACUUUUUCCAUGUUUUGAACAAGAAUAUAAUAUUUGUACUGUACAUCAUGCGUUUUCUACACAUUUCCCUUUUGAUGAACAUUGUGAUCUUGUAUUGUCCUUUGUACAGUGUACUCUUCAAAUAAUGUGUCACUCCAGUAUAAAUAUCCUGACUUGAUUCAAAUCUGCGACACAGCAUUUAAAGGAAUACAGUAGUUCAACCAAAAAUGAAAGUUUCCAAGAUGUAGACGAGUUUGUUACUUCAUCAUAACAGAUUUGGAGAAAUGUAGCAUUACAUCACUUGUUCAUCAAUGGAUCCUCUGCAGUGAAUGGGUGCCGUCAGAAUGAGAGUCCAAACAGCUGAUCAAAACAUCACAAUAGUCCACAAGUAAUCCACAUGACUCCAGUCCAUCAAUUAACAUCCUGUAAUUUCUCCAAAUCUGUUCUGAUGAAGAAACAAACUCAUCUACAUCUUGGAUGGCCUAAGGGUGAGUAAAUGUUUGGGUGAACUACUCCUUUAAAUAGUCACCUCUCCAGAUAAUCUUUUGAUCCAGCUUUUUUUCUUUUGUAAGAUAUUUAUGUAAUGUAUAUAUAUAUAUUUGUUUGAAUAGUCAGUUAUUUCCCAUAUUAUAAAUUGACCUUUAAUGAGGAGUACACUUUCAAAACAGCUGUCAAGUUCAGCUAGGAAAAUUAACCAAACUUGUCAGUUGUAGUUUUUGAUGCCAGUUUAUUCUUGGAUCAUUCUGAUUUCUGCAUCACACACUGUCUACGUGAGCACUGCUGUCUUUUCGAAGAAGUUCAGACUUUGUUCACCUGCUGCUCACAAACACAUUUUUCUUUACAUUUUUCAUCAAGUGUGUUUCAUACCAAGAACAAAUAUGUUAUCAAACAUUUUGUGUGAUAUCUUCGGUACUGUUGUUGUUGUACGUAAUUGAAAAUUGAUACGAGGGCAUUUAUUUCUGUGCUUGUACAGAAAGUGCAAAUGCAAGAUAAAUUGCAACCACUUGCAUGGUUAUUAUGCACCUACUUGUGUACAUUUACAUUUAAAGUGGCAGUUUGACUAACAUGUUACGGUCUGUUUGACUAAAGGUUGACUUUAGGGUUAUGUUUAUCUUUUCCUUCCAUUUUCCUUCUUUAAAAUGUUCAAAAUAAAGCAUUGAAUAAAUAUGUAAAAGUUCAUUGUUGUUGAUUCAAUAUAUGCUUCUGGAGAAACCAACAUUAUUAUUUAAAGU